AUGGUUGCCUGCUUUCGUUAUGCUUCAAUUGAUCUUCAUUCAGUCUAUUUGCCUCCUCCAAAACUUGAUUUCAACUAUGAAAGACAAGCUUGGAUAGAAAAAGAACUAAAUGAGGUUUCUGGCUGGUCUAGACUUUUGUUCUCUGAAGUACAUAAUGCCCUUCGUCUUCUGGUGGAAAGAAAAUCUGAUUCAGAUUUACUUACUAAUAGCGUUAAAGUUCCUGAAUCGAGACGCCAUCUAGCAGAUCUGCAGGGGAUUUUGCAGAAAGAGAAGUCGGAAUUCGAGGAAUCGCUCUGGAAAAUCGCGAACAAGGACCCUGGAAAAGCCCAACUGACCAAAUUUAUUCGCAAACCCAUUUCUGAUCUCGAGAAUUCUUCUCAUGUAACUUCCCUAGUAAAAACGAAUGAAACACAAAAUAGUUCUUGUGCUUUGGUUGUGGACAUAAAACCCGACAAAAGCCCUGAAUCUCAUUCCGAGUUACAUACUCAAAGAACUGAGUCCCUUUUUAACUCCGAUCCUGGGGAUGAAAGUUCACUCCCGAUUUCUCUUGGAAACAAUGUCAAAAGUGAAUGUGAUCGUGAAAGUUCUAACCCACACCCUACCCACCGCAGAGUCCUAUCCGAAGGACAGGCCCCGAUGUGUUUGUCAGAUACUUUAGAUGCGGCAUGGACGGGUGAAAAUCACCUAUAUGCUGGACCUAUUAAGUACAGUAGCAGUAAUAAUAAUUUAUCUGAAUUAAUCGAGGCUGAUAAUUUACCCGUGCCCGAAAAAAAGCUAGAUGUGGAAAACCAAAAGGAGGAUCUAAGCACGUCCGCCAAGGUUUCUCGUUCACCCUCGUUUUUGUCCUCAAAGGGUUUCGAGAGCAUGGAGGAAGCAGUGGGCUGGCUGGGCAUGUCAUUCAUGAGCUUCUACCGCUCCUUAAACAAAAAUUUCCUGGGGACUACCAAAAAACCGGACACACUCAGUGGGCCCCCCUUGCUCCUUCCCAUUGGGCUCAACGACACUGUCAUCCCAAUAUACGACGACGAGCCCACGAGCAUCAUAUCAUAUGGCCUCCUCUCGCCCGAGUACCUCGUCCAGCUCCUGGACGAGCCCGAUAAGCCAAAGGACAUGGCUGACUCGAUUUUCUACAUGCAAUCCCUCGACGCUGUGAACUUUCAGUCCUUUCAUUCUUUGUAUGAGACAUUGUUGGACUCGUACAAGAGUUUUGGUUCGGGGGAUAAAAUUACCGGGCUGCCCUUGUCGACCUCGUCCCGUAGCAACCUAGAAGGGUUUCUUUCUUUUGAUAUCUACCAUCCGUCGUCGUCAGUCCGCCGGCCGCUAUCAGUCCGCGCCUCCCGCCCGUAUUUCGUCGUGAGGUCUGAGGCUUUCAGCAACCGCCCGCCGAUGGGAUCCAGCAUCAUCUUCAGUACGCUGCCUCGGAGGGCCGUCUUGCCGCCGCCUGGAAGAUACGCCAUUCUCCGAUUCAGAUGA